AUGGAAUAUUCAUCUAUUCAACUCAAUGAUUUGCCUGAUGAAAUUAUUAUAAUUAUUUUGAAAAAAUUACAUACCUCUGAAGUACUUUAUUCUUUAAUAGGCGUUAAUAAACGACUUCAUAGAAUUGCAAAUGAUUCGAUUUUUACAAGUAAUUUAACAUUUAUAUCACUUGUUAAAAAAGAAUUUCGUACAAAUAGAUAUUAUAAAAUUUUUACACGAAAUCUAUCAUUAAUAAAAUCUUUUGAUGGCAUAUCAUAUGAAUUUGAUGAUGCAAGACUAAAUCGAUUUUGUCUUGAAAUUUUACCAAAUAUUAAUGAAAAAAUUAAACAACUUACUAUUGAUUCAUCAUGUAUGGAACGUAUUCUUUGGUUAACAAAUUAUCCUAAUUUACGUACACUUACUUUAUAUAAUCUUCAUCCAGAAACAUUUAAUGAUCUCCUUUGUGAUCAAAGCUAUUUCAUUCGUCAUUAUCAAUUUCAAAUAUUCUCACUUAUUCUUUAUAUGAAAGAAGGUGCAUUACGAAGAAAUGCUUUUGGUGUUAAAAAUAUAAAUACAUAUAUAUUUGGGAAAAUCUGUAAUAUGUUCAAAAAUUUAAAAUAUUUUAAUUUCAAAUCAUCUUCGGAUUAUGAACAGUUAACGUUUACUAGAUUAUCUUCUAUUGAAUUCUCUUCGAAUCUGUUAGAAUUACAUGUUACAUUAGACAGUAUUAUGGAUUGUCUUUAUUUACUUGAUCAUUUGAAUCAACUUCAUACAUUGGAUGUCACGAUUUAUCCUCGUCAUUGUCCUGAUUGGUCAUUAGUCGUCAAUAACAAUAAAGUACCUAACUUAAAAUAUUUUUCAUUAAUUCAUGACGAUGAUUUGGGGAAGUAUAAGGAAUUUCUUAUUCCACUUUUACAAAAAAUGUCAAAUUUAGAAGAACUUAAUUUGUGUUUUUUCGCUCCUUUUGUACCAAUAAUUGAUGGUAAUGAUUUAAAAGAAAAUAUUAUUAAUUAUAUGUCAAAAUUAAAUAAAUUUUCGUUUAAUAUUCGUUCAUGUCUUCGUCUUAAUAAUCAACUUAGUCAAUUAACAAAUGCUGAUAUUCAAGAUACAUUUCGAAAUUUUAAAAACAAUCGAAUUGUUUCAUAUGUUGAUUAUUUUCAAAAAGGAAAUUUAUCUCAUUAUCAUAUUUAUUCAUAUCCAUAUAAAUGGACUUUCUAUGAUGAUAUAACAAAUAAUUUUCCUGGUGGUUUAUAUCGAUGUGUUAGAGAAAUAUCAUUAUGUGAUGGACAUCCAUUUAAACAUGAAUUUUUUUGUCGAAUUACUCAAUCAUUUCCAUAUCUGGAAAAAUUACGUUUACAUAAUUAUGAAGCACAAGAGAAUGAUAAUUUACAAUCAUUAAUUGUAGUAUAUCCUUAUCUUACUGAACUUGAUCUCAUUCAUAGUCAUGAAACUUAUAUUGAUGAAUUUUUAAAUCAUUGUAAAACAUGUUUUUUAAAAAAUAUUCAUCUUACUGUAGAUUAUAAUACUUUAAAAAUGGCAACAAAUGAUUUUACAAAAGAAGAAACUCAAUUUAACCCUUUCAAUCCCGCAUGGUAUCUACGAGAUGAGAUGCAGAACGAAAAAGAAAUAUUUUGCAUUCUUUUGUCUUCUUAG